AUGCCGAGGGCCUUUCUGGUGAAAAAGGCGAAUGUUUCGCCGGGAAAGCGGAACUGGAGCGAGCUGCCUGAUCAUGAGCGAGGGGACGUCUACAUCCCAGUCUCCAUCUUCCCUCCGACCGCCCUGGUGAUGGAGGCCGAGGCCAGCCUCGCCGAGACGACGCCGCUCUGCCUCUCCAAGCGCUCCGUCUCCGACACGCAGACGCGCGCCGAGCUGCCGUCCAGCACCACGCUGGGCCGCCCGCGGAGCCCGGGGCCGGCGCCGGGGGAGAGGUCCGACGUCAGGAGGAGCUCGCAGGGCAGCGCCACGUACGUCCGCUCCAAAAUCAAGGUAACCACAGGCGAGUUACCGCCCGAUCCGUCUCUUCUUCCCCACUCUCUUCCUCCCGUUCCCGCCCCGCCGGCUCCGGCUCCAAACGCCACUGUGAUGCCAGUUUCCUUGACGACAAGCCCCGACCCCAGGGAAGCGGUCCCCAUGGUGACCAGAUCGGCAGGUCACGGUCAGAGGUCGCUAUCGGCGGUGACAGCGGCGUUUGUGUGCCAGGUUUGCCAGAAGACCUUCCAGUACCAGCGAAUGUUGAACAGACAUCUCAAGUGUCACAACGACACCAAGAGACACCCGUGCAGCUUCUGCGGAAAAGGCUUCAACGACACCUUCGACCUAAAGAGACACGUCCGCACGCACACAGGAGUCCGUCCCUACAAGUGCACGCUCUGCGAAAAGGCCUUCACCCAGCGCUGCUCCCUGGAGUCCCACAUGAAGAAGAUCCACAGCGUCACGCAGAAGUACGCCUACAAGGAGCGGCGCAACAAGCUGUACGUCUGCGAGGAGUGCGGCCUCACGUCGGGGUCCCAGGAGGAGCUGGUGAUCCACCUCCACUCGCUGCACCCCGACAGCGCCCUGCUGAAGGGGAAGGCCGCGAGGAGGGCCGGCGGAGAGUCGUCCCCGGGCUCCGCCCACGGGGCCGACAGUGAUGAUACCACUGGGUCAGCGGGGCAGUAGAGGGGGGGGGCGGGGGGGGCGGGGGGGACCUGGAAGAUCUGGAAGAUCAUCACAUGACAAACUCGGUACAUUUGGACAUAUAAGUUAAGUGAUGCAAGGCAGGUUGAUGACAAUUUAGAUAGUGGUGGGGAAGGUAAAUGUCUAUAUAUGUGUGUUAAUGUAUGUGUGUAUGGAUUUGGGUAUCUGUGUGUGUGUAUGUAUGUAUAUGUAUAUAUGUAUGUAUAUAUAUAUAUAUAUAUAUAUAUAUAUAUAUAUCUCACAGACUACAACCUUAUAUGAAAUAAUUCAAGGCCAAGCCUCUCUUUAAAUGUAUAUUUUACUUAUUAACAGCUCAUAACAAUACUGAUGUAUUUCUUCAUUUGUAUUACGUGUGAAUAUUUCCUGUGGGCUUGUGUCUGUACAGCAAAAAAAGAUGAGUUUUUUUCUAUGAAAGUACUUUGUUCAUUAAAGGAAGUAAUAUAUA